ACAAGAAGUCAGAGGUACUUCUCACCUAGAGUCAAAACUCUGGUGCUCAGAUAGAGCCUCCUCACCAUGAGUGGAUGCCCAUUUUUAGGAAACAACUUUGGAUAUGCUUUUAAGAACUUAUCUGUAGAAAGCAGGGAAGAAGACAAAUCACAGACCGGUGUGAACAGAGCGAGCAAAGGAGGACUUAUCUAUGGGAGCUACUUGCAGUUGGAAAAAAUUUUGAAUGCACAAGAACUUCAAAGUGAAAUAAAAGGAAAUAAAAUCCAUGAUGAACAUCUUUUUAUCAUCACUCAUCAAGCAUAUGAACUCUGGUUUAAGCAAAUCCUCUGGGAAUUAGAUUCUGUUCGAGAGAUUUUUCAGAAUGGUCAUGUCAGAGAUGAAAGGAAUAUGCUUAAGGUUGUUACUAGGAUGCACCGAGUGGCAGUGAUCCUGAAACUCCUGGUUCAGCAGUUUUCUGUUCUGGAAACAAUGACUGCCUUGGACUUCAAUGACUUCAGGGAGUAUUUGUCUCCAGCAUCAGGCUUCCAGAGUUUGCAAUUUCGACUCCUGGAGAACAAGAUAGGUGUUUUCCAGAGCUUGAGAGUCCCUUACAACAGAAGACAUUAUCGUGACAACUUCAAAGGAGAAGACAAUGCACUGCUGCUUCAAUCUGAGCAGGAGAAGACACUUCUGCAACUAGUGGAGGCAUGGCUGGAAAGAACACCAGGUCUAGAGCCACAUGGAUUUAAUUUCUGGGGAAAGCUUGAAAAAAAUAUUGUUCAAGGCCUGGAAGAAGAAUUCAUAAAGAUUCAGGCUAUGGAAGAGUCAGAGGAAAAAGAUGACCAGAUGGCUGAAUUUCAGAAACAAAAAGAGGUGUUACUGUCCUUAUUCGAUGAGAAACGCCAUGAGCAUCUCCUUAGUAAAGGUGAAAGGCGGCUGUCAUACAGAGCACUUCAGGGAGCACUGAUGAUACAUUUUUACAGGGAGGAACCUAGAUUCCAGGUCCCGUUCCAGUUGCUGACUUUUCUCAUGGAUAUAGACACACUCAUGACCAAAUGGAGGUAUAACCACGUGUGCAUGGUGCACAGGAUGCUGGGCAGCAAGGCUGGCACUGGAGGCUCCUCUGGCUAUCAGUACCUGCGCUCCACCGUGAGUGACAGGUACAAGGUAUUUGUAGAUUUAUUUAAUCUUUCAACAUAUCUGAUUCCUCGACACUGGAUACCAAAGAUGAACCCAAUCAUUCACAAAUUCCUUUAUACGGCUGAAUACUGUGACAGCUCUUACUUCAGUAGUGAUGAGUCCGAUUAA